GCUCUUUCUCUGGUUGCCAGAAGGACUCAGGAGGACUCCACUUGCGGAAACAGGCGGACAUCGUUUCUAACAUACGCUGGAUGUGGCGGUCCUAGUACCGAGGACGCCAACUAUUUCAUCUUUUAAGGACCUAGUAGAUUUGAAUAAUUAAUUGUCGGUGGCAUUCAUGAAAUAACUUCGAAUUCAUAGCAGGAUAAAUGAUGAUUUCACCGUGGGACCGGUGGUACUCGACGAGCUGCUGCCUUUGCUGCCAUGUACGGACGGGCACCAUUAUUCUGGGAAUAUGGUAUAUGCUUAUCAACGCGGUGGUCCUACUCAUCUUGUUGUCAGCUCUCAAUGACCCAGUUCAAUACCGCUACCACCUUACCAGCUCUGAGCUGGGUACUGACAUUGAUGUCAUGGACGAUGCAAAUAUCUGCAUAGCCACUGCAAUAUCCCUCCUCAUGAUUCUCAUAUGUGGCAUGGCGACAUAUGGUGCUUACAAGCAACAUGCUGCUUGGAUCAUUCCAUUCUUCUGCUACCAAAUCUUCGACUUUGCCCUUAACACACUGGUAGCAAUUAGCGUGGUCGUUUAUCCCAACACAGUGCAGGACUACCUCCAGCAGCUGCCGGGGACAUUCCCUUACAAAGAGGACAUCAUGUCCACCAACAACAUGUGCCUAGUUUUUGCAGUUCUCCUAUUCAUUGGCUGCAUCCUCUCUUUCAAGGCCUACCUGAUUGGCUGUGUGUGGAACUGCUACAGAUAUGUGAGUGGCAGGGGCACCACGGAGGUUCUGGUUUAUGUCACAACCAAUGACACCACGCUCAAUGAGUUGACACCUUUUAAUGUACAAGGUGUUGCUGCCACCAUACGAGGAGGCCAUCGCCAUACCACCGAAGGAGCCCCCCCCCCAGUAUAUGGAGGCAUGAGAGACGUCCUCUCUCCUGGACCCCAUACCCCGAACACCUACCACAUAUCCCUCCAACGCUCACUGGAAGAUGUUGAAAGACAAGACAAAACUAUGUCUUAGAGGCUGGUUUCAUCUUGGAUACAUGCCAACCUUAGAUUAGAUAAGACUGACCCUGAGCCAACAACUCCAUCCCCCCCCCCCCCCUAAACUCUUGCACGCCCUGAACACUCUGUCCCAACUUAAUUUGCACUUUUCUUUGAGUAAAACGUGCAGCGGUUAUGGCCACCAACUGUUAACCCCCCAAUACUGUGAAUCUCCCUCGUGGUCUUUGUCUAGAAACAAACUACCUGAAGAGAGAGAGUGACAGAGAGCGCAAGAAGGAAUGCGACAUACAUGGUCAGUUAUGCAAGAGCACUUUUUUUCCAAAAUUGAAAAAUUCCUUCAUCGAAUGUAAUGUUGAGGUAUUUUUGUACGACUUUUUUGUAUAACUGAGAGAUAAGUGAAUAGUGAAAGGCUGUCCUGUUGUGACAUCAUCUAAGUACUGAUGUGGCUUGUCCUGCGGGUAAUCGUAUUGAAAAAAAGGUUCCUCGACCAAUAACAAGCACGUCUUCCUUUUGUAUCCAUGUAACACACGGUCUGUAAGCCUGUAAUCCAUCGACUCCUAGUGAAAACCUUGUUCACCCAUUGAUUUCAAACAUAAUAUUCCAGUUUGCCUUCCUGUCUGAUCCAAGAUCUUAAAAGCUAAGAAAGACAUACUCAUCCAGUGAAGCACACACACAUACACGAUUCACACACUACAGAUU